CAGCGUAAGUGGUGUCUGUAGAAUGAUUUAUUUUGUUCCGGUGUUGUGUUAGAAACCUUUUGUUUAGUGGUUAUACCUUUUGUUUGGCUCUUGUGCCUUUUUAUUUGUGUUUUGUCUGUUAAAAUAUUUUGGUUUCACUGCAUUUUCUGUCCCUGAGUCUUCCCUCUGCUGCUAUCCUGCCACAAUCACACAUCCAUAUUAGUUUUCUUUGUUGAAUUUUGAUAUCUAUAAUGAACAGAAACAUUGAAUGUCACCUACAGUAUUUUUAAACUUUGUUCUUACUACAAUCCAUUAUUGUUGCCUGGGGAACGUCACAUAAAAACUAAGAAGACGUUCAAAAAGGGAGCAGGACUUUAUUACGUGGGUUUCCUGUUUCCUGAUCAUGACUCCUUGAAUCUGAGUUCAGUUGGUGUUGUAUGAUUCUUGAACAGUCCCUGCAACAGGAAUGUCUCCUGCCUGGAUUAUCGUUUUUCUUCUGGAAUUGUAUUUUCCGGCCUCGGCAUAUGUGCCUACUCAAGAUCUUUCCUUGAUUGAUGAGUUGACUUCUGUUACUCUCCCUGUGCCGGUGGGAAUCAGUGGAACGGAGUUUGUGUGGGAGUGGACUCCACAUGAUGGCAGGUUUAAGAAGGUCCAGCUCGUAACAGCUAAGCGUUCAAAAAGUUCCCCUGGAGCCCAAUAUUCAUGGACAAAGACUUCAGAACACAAUAUUUAUUACACAAACUUUGACGAUGGGGGAAAUGGAAUCUUGAUCAUCAAAUCUAAAUUUGAAAAUGCUGGCCAUUAUACUUUUAAACAAAUCCAACCAAACUCUAAUGUUCUGGCGAUGUUUGAAGUCUUUGCUUUCAAAAGUGUUCCAUUUCGGUGGGAUUCCGUCCCUCCUGGAGUUGAUGUUACUCGGGUCUGCACCAUCUCAAGACUCCCUGAAUCAAGCAGACUUCAGUGGAAACUCAACAGGAGCCUCAGUGCAGCCACCAAGUGUCACUACAACAACACCGCAGUCAUUAUCAUUCAAAAUGUGGAUGAACACAGCACAGGGAACUACAGCUGUGAUUUACUAAAAAAAGAAACAUAUCUGCGUGGCUUUUACAACAGGCUGACCCUUAAAACAUCUACAAUUGACAGCCGGUACACACUGUACCGGGAUGGUGCCAAUAGGAGUGAAGUCCAACUCAUCUGCCGAUCCACACGCAGACGUGACAUGGUUCACUGGACCUGGUACUCAGAGUCUUCUUCCCAAUCCAUUAGCAUUGCUUCAGCUAUUAGAAAUGGACCUGUUGGCAUCUCUGAUAAAGUUGUUGGGCAGCGCAUCAGAUCCCCUGUGACAGUUUACGAUGGGCACUAUUUUCCCCUGCACAUCUCACCUGUAGUGUUUCAAGAUGCUGGAAUAUACACCUGUUAUACUGACAAUUAUGUCUCUGUGAGCAUAACCCUAAUCACCGUUCAGGUCUCAGUAGAGCCUCCCGGAGUCCUGGCUAUCGGUGAUGAGGCUACCCUCACUUGCACUGUCUCUGGAGUCCAUGAACGCAUUCGUCUGGUGUGGCUGAGGGAUGACGAUGGGACUGUGGUGACAGUUAAAGAGGAGACCCUGUCUGCCUCAGCCUCUAACAGGAGCCUGGCCCUGUUCAUAUCCAGAAUCGGCACGGAGCAGCUGAAGUGGGCGUGUGUCGUGUUCCAGGAGAGCCUGCCCAGUGCCUACUUCCCAAUAGAGAUCAACGCUGAAGAGAUGCAAACGGCUUUUGGGGAUCCUGUAUUAGUCAUAGUUUCUUGUGUCUGCCUCGUGUGUCUGAAGAUCUUCAUUAUAGACCUGGUGAUCUGCCUGCUAAUGAAAUAUUUACCAGGACCUGUGCAAAUAAACCCAUGUGUUGAUACAGGUGUUACAAGUGCACCCGAAGAGGAGUGCAAGGGGGAGCACAGCAGAUCAGGCAGUGGAUGAGUGGAACUUCAAGCAGCUGCAUGGCUUUUCCCAUCUCAUACCUGUCUGCUAUUGCAAGACCUAAUCAAGAAGCAUGCAUUAUUCACAAAAUACAUUUUUCUUUGCUGAAAUGUAACAUUGCAUUGGAAUAAACAUUUGCUUUUUGCAGAA